CCUCGAGUAACUUGAGCUUCAACGAAACGAUCGUCAACCAGGUUAAGAUGUCUGUUGUCUUUCCUUCAACCUCGGUCGCCAACUCUCAUAUCGACAAAUUCAGGUUCUUCACUUCAAAUUCCUUCGUGAAUGCUCCUUCGUAUGCAAAUUGUAAGCUCUUUAACCGCAGAACGCCAUGUACAAUCUUCUCAUUAUUCAGAUAUUACCCUCCCAAAGCUCAAAUUCUCCCCUGCAAUUAUCGCCUCAACACUGAGUUUGAACCAUCCGAGGGAGAACCCAGGGUCGAUUUCGAUAUAGGGGAAUCGGAAGACGAAGAUUGGGCAUCUCCAUGGGAAGGGGCGAUUGUUUACAAGAGAAAUCCUUCUGUCUUACAUUUGGAGUACUGCACAACCCUAGAGAGGCUGGGGUUGGAGCAGUUGUCGACGGAGACUUCGAAGUCUAGGGCUUCGACAAUGGGGUUGAGGGUUUCGAAAGCUGUGAAGGACUAUCCGCUCGGUACUCCCGUUCAAAUCUCCUUCGACGUAACCAGGAAGAAGCAAAAGCUGAGGCUCGACGGGAUUUUAAGGACCGUAAUCACUCUCAAUUGCAAUAGGUGCGGUGAGCCAGCUGCUGAGUGUGUCUUCACCAACUUCACACUCUUACUAACUGAAGAACCAGUUGAAGAACCAGAAGUGAUUAAUAUGGGUGUAAUCUUUGGAGAAGACAAAACCAAAACCUCCACUACGGGCAAUGGUGAGGAAGAUGAUGAUGAUGAUGCUUUAAUCGACCUAGACAAUUGGCUUUACUUCCCUACCGAAGAAAGAGAGAUUGAUAUCUCGAAACACAUAAGGGACAUGGUGCAUUUGGAGAUCACCAUUAAUGCAAUAUGUGAUUCAAAAUGCAGAGGUAUAUGUCUCAAAUGUGGCACAAAUUUGAAUACUGGUAGUUGUAAUUGCAGCCAACAUGUGGUAAAAGAGAAAAGUUAUGGUCCUCUUGGAAAUUUGAGAAAACAAAUGCAACAAAAAUCAUCUAUCAAGAGAACCACUAACCCCAUGAGAGAUUAAUAGAUGCCUUUGUUAUUUAACAGCCAUCAUUUUAGCAGUUGUUUCUUUCUUCUAUUAUGGGCAUCUAAUCAAAAUCAAGUUGUUCUGAUAAACUCUUUUGUUACAAUUCUGUUGUACAUAUUCUUUACCUUCAAGCUAUUUGUAGAAUCAUUUGAAAG